GCUCCACUUCCCCGCAAGAUCAUCCGGCUAAGGCAGGACAGUUAAAUUCUCACUUAUAGAAACUGCUAUUACAAUUUGUGCCGUUACACUCUCUCCUCUUUUCUCCCUCAAUUCGUCCCUGCUUUCUCAUUCGCUCGUCUCCAAGCUUCGCCCAUGCCUACUCUCUCUCACGCUUCCAUCUUCUUCUUCUUCUUCUCUCUUCUCUUCCCAUCUCUUCGCUUCGCCAUUGGGUUUCAGUGGAGUGGUGGAACUCGAGUACAUGAAUGGGUUUUUGGGUAUGUAAUGGGGGAGAAGCUGGAACAGCGUGGUCAAGAUUCGCAGUCUUUCAUCGGCAUCAACUAUGGGCAAGUCGCCAACAACCUACCGCCGCCUGAGGCCACCGUGAAGCUGCUCAAAUCCACGUCAAUUGAAAAGGUCAGAUUAUACGGCGCCGAUCCGGGAAUCAUCAAAGCUCUUGCCAACACUGGUAUCGGAAUCGUUAUCGGCGCCGCCAACGGCGACAUCCCCGCCCUAGCCUCCGAUCCGAACUUCGCGGCUCAGUGGGUGAACUCAAACGUCAUCGCCUACUACCCUGCAAGCAAGAUUAUCCUCAUCACUGUUGGCAACGAGGUCAUGAGCUCCACCGACCAGAACCUGAUGUCGCAGCUCUUGCCGGCGAUGCAAAAUGUCCAGAAUGCCCUCAACGCGGCGUCACUGGGAGGAAAAGUCAAGGUCUCAACCGUGCACUCCAUGGCCGUGUUGACUCAGUCUGACCCGCCCUCCUCCGGCGCUUUCAACCCGGCGACUUCGGACACAAUGAGGGGCUUGUUGGAGUUCCAGAGAAACACUGGCUCGCCUUUUGCCAUCAACCCAUACCCUUUCUUCGCGUACCAGAGCGAUCCCAGGCCCGAGACACUCGCCUUUUGCCUGUUUCAACCCAACACGGGACGAGUUGACUCGGGCAACAAUAUCAAGUACACGAACAUGUUUGAUGCCCAGGUUGAUUCUGUGAGAUCUGCUUUAAAUGCAAUGGGAUUCAAGGAAGUUGAGAUUGUUGUUGCUGAGACAGGGUGGCCAUACAGUGGAGAUGCCAAUGAAGUUGGGCCCAGCAUUGAGAAUGCGAAGGCCUACAAUGGGAAUUUGAUUGCCCACCUUAGAUCAAUGGCUGGGACCCCAUUGAUGCCUGGGAAAUCUGUGGAUACGUAUAUUUUUGCACUUUAUGAUGAGAAUUUGAAACCUGGUCCAGGCUCGGAACGGGCAUUUGGACUUUUCAAGCCUGAUCUUUCCAUGACAUAUGAUGUCUCUCUUUCAAAGAGUAGCCAGACCCCAUCAACCCCGGAAACUCCAGUGAAUCCAUCACCAAACCCAACAGCUAGUUCUGUCUGGUGUGUGCCCAAGACUGGUGUUUCUGAUGCUCAACUGCAGGCAAAUCUUGACUAUGCUUGCAGCCAGGGCAUCGACUGCACCCCAAUUCAACCUGGUGGCGCUUGUUUUGAACCAAACACCGUUGCAGCACAUGCUGCUUAUGCCAUGAACCUGCUCUAUCAAUCUUCUGGCAAGAAUUCGUGGAACUGUGAUUUCACUCAGACAGCAACUCUCACAUCCAGCAAUCCAAGUUAUAAUGCUUGCACUUUCCCUGGUAGCUGAAAAGGAAGAGGAAACGUCAUCUUAUGUCCAAUAAUAAUCAAGAAGAAUAAAAGGCCAUGAUAGUUUGCAGCAAGUGGUGGUUGUUCCCUAGCUUUGUUUGUAAAGCUUUUUCUCCUUUGAUGUGUGGAUGUAAAUCUCUCUGAAGCUUUCUCACUUUAGGUUGUGAAUGCUACUACAACUCUUUCUUUCUCCAUAUUUUUCUUGAAGGAAGGGGGGGACCGGGGGUUGGUGGCGGGUAAGGAGCAAUUAUGUUGAGAAGAAGAGCAGUCGAGGAAAUAAGUCCUCACUAAUAUGAUAUAUGAGCUGUAGUACUAGACUUCAGAUUUCGAAUUAUGUAGUAUGUGAUGUAGAAAGAUCCUGGCUUGGCCUUAUCCAAACAAUUGUUCUAUUUCAUGA